AUCGCAGCUGCAAAGAUCGGAGCUGUCCACUUGUUUAGGUACCAACCGAAAGGGAAGGUGUUACCAUGCAGCGAACGACAGGUGUGAAAACCGCGACGGUAAUUGUAGUUCUUGUUUACCAGAUGACCAGCAUCAAGAUUUCAUCCAGAUCCACAGGCUGUUUGGGCUUUAUGGAGACAUGCAUAUCAGAGUCAGCUUUCUGUGAGAAAUCAUCUCUCAGAAACACAUGUAAUCCUAAAGAUGGAAGUUGCCAAAUAAAAGUCUCAAAGGUCUGUAACAUGACCAUCCACUCCAUUCUUGACCAAUAUCCUACAGUGAGAGGGUGUCUGUGUGCAUGGGAGGAGCCCUGUAUCUCUCUGGAACUACUCACUUCACAAUGCCUCCCUGAGACAGAUGGUCAAGCCCUGAGCAGCUCUGUUAGACCCCGCUGGAAUCCUAUGAAGGAACAACCAAUAACCACCAGAGAUAGCUGUCUCUCUGCUCUUCAUAGUUGCCAGAAGUCCCACCAAUGUGCAUUAGUGUAUAAGAAGUUGAAGGACUCAUGCCAGAAAGGAAAAAAACAGUGCAACUCUCCAAGCUCUCAGCGCCACUGUCUGUCAUUGUGGAUGGAACUCCAGAGCACCUCUCUGUCUAAUUGUACAUGCGCCCUGAGCAGAAGAAAGUGCCAAGGAAUAUGGAGUGUCGUGAACAACAACUCCUGCAUUCAGAAUGCACUGGAGGCAUUGGCUUCAACGGGUCUACAUGAUUUAAAGGACAGGUCAAAUACAAGAAAGACGUUAAAUGUCCAUAUAGCACAACAGAAGAAGAGUUCAACUGUGGAUUGGAAAAGUAGCAGUCUGAAAGAAUACGUUCAUGACAUUGAUGGGUCCUGUUUGCAACAGAUGACAAUCUGCCUUCAUGAUGAUGUCUGCAACAGGCAGAUAGUUCCUCUUGUGCAGACGUGUUUGGCAAAGCAAUGCAACAGCACUCACUGUCGACAGGUCACUCAACAGCUCUACGCUGGUCUGCCAUACAACAUCGCAGAGAUGUUCGUCCUCUGUGAAUGUGACCCAGGCGAUCCGGACUGUCUGCAUAUGAAGGAGGGUCUGCACAGUGGCACAUGUGGAGAACAUUUGGAGGAGGCCAGGACCCAAAUCUGUCUGGAAAUCUUUGACAACUGCCUGGGGGAGGCGCUCUGCAGGAACCGUUUAGAAGCUCUCCUAUCAAACUGCUGGGAUACUGAAGACACACCAUGCAGUGAUUUUUCUAUGGAUGAAUGCACUAGUCUUCUGGAUCCUGCUCUUAUUCUGGGAGGAGAUGCAAAGUGCAGAAUGUCUUUGAUUGCUACCAUGGGAACAACACUUCAGCAUCCCUGUACAUGUGGUGGACUUCACAACAAAGACCUAUUCAAGUGCAACAUGAUGCGGGAAGUACUUCACAACCGAACGCAUUUUAUGUCACCAGUGAAGAAAGAAAGUACUCCUUAUGUGCCACCUCCAAUGAGUGAAUCAGAAUCCGGAUACGAAUGGUUGAGUGAUCAGCUGCUGAAUGUUUUUGCAUACAUACUGCUUGUUGCAGUAGUACUGUUGGGAGUCAUGAUUGUUUUUCACAUACGGACGCACAGAGGGAACGAAAAGCCUCAAUUUCACCCUCCUGAUGAAAAUUGUGUUGUAAUUUUCUGACCUUGACACUCAAACACGCAUGUAUCUGUGUAUAUAUUAUGCAUAUGAUUAUGGUACAGUAUGCAAUGGUAUAUGUCUGAUAAUGCAGAACCUGCAUUUUCUGAUCUAAUUUAGAUUUAUUGGGAUCUAACAGCUUUUUGAAAAUACUAUUUUAUCAACAUUUACUUAGCUACUUAUACUAAUAUGUCAAAACAUGACUCUGUUUUAAGAUAAUUUUGUGCAAUUAAAACAAAUGUACGGCCAUAAGCCAUUUCUGCUAUCCUUGCUUGCUUGAGUGUCAGAACACAGUGGCGUGGUUUAUGUGAUAACUCCUGGAAAAAGCUGAUAGCGCUCUAGUAACUGGUACACAACACAGUCAGUAAGGGACAUUAUACAACUGGUAAUGUCAACAAGGCAAUGAUGGUCAAAUAUUGACUCAUCCCUUUUAAGUGAAUUUUUUUCCUUCCCUCUAUUGUCACUCCAAUGCUGUCGAGCUGAUUCAAACUUCUUAUAAGAAAAACAUAUAUAUAUAUAUAUAUAUA